ACAUGUAAUACAGAGUACAGACAUACAGCAAACAGACACUCAACUGAAAACACUCCAUUCCGCCACUGGAAUAAACGUAAAUCUGAAGAAGGCACUUGUCCUUGCUAGGAAUGGCUGCUACAGCUGCUUAUUCCCUUGUAUUUUCUCUCUCCUCUUCUUCUUCUUUCUCUUCAACUUUCUGUAGCUCCUUCCGCAAAAAGCACAACAUUAUCCCCAAAUCCACAACCCCCUUUCUUAACUCAGUGAAUCGAACGAGAACUCCCAAUAUUAUCACUGCUUUUUUGGGUUCAAAAGAAGAAUCAAUCUCUUUAAAUACCCAGAAACCCAAUCCACCGUUUGUUGAUUCCCUCUUUGUCGUCUGCACUUCGUUGGCUUUGUCUUUCUCUCUUCUUCUUGCUGAUGUUGACUCUGCCUCUGCAUUUGUUGUCUCAACGCCAAGGAAAUUACAGACUGAUGAACUCGCAACUGUUCGUCUUUUCCAAGAGAACACUCCCUCCGUAGUCUACAUCACCAAUCUCGCUACCAAGCAGGAUGUCUUUACGCUGGAUGUCCUUGAGGUGCCGCAGGGGUCUGGAUCAGGCUUUAUAUGGGAUAAUCUGGGUCACAUAGUCACCAAUUACCAUGUGAUUCGUGGUGCUUCUGAUCUCAGGGUCACUCUUGCGGAUCAAACUACCUACGAGGCCAAAGUUGUUGGGUAUGACCAGGACAAAGAUGUUGCUGUUUUGCGAAUUGACCCACCUAAUAACAAAUUGAGACCAAUACCUAUCGGUGUCUCUGCAGACUUGCUUGUGGGUCAGAAAGUCUUUGCUAUUGGGAACCCAUUUGGGCUUGACCAUACACUGACAACAGGGGUUAUCAGUGGGCUCAGGAGGGAAAUCAGCUCUGCUGCAACUGGACGCCCAAUUCAAGAUGUUAUACAGACUGAUGCUGCAAUAAAUCCUGGUAACAGUGGGGGCCCACUUCUAGAUAGUUCUGGCAACCUGAUUGGGAUAAACACUGCUAUAUACUCGCCAUCUGGUGCUUCUUCUGGUGUUGGAUUUUCGAUCCCUGUUGAUACUGUUGCUGGUAUUGUAGAUCAAAUUGUGAAAUUUGGUAAAGUUACGAGACCAAUAUUGGGGAUUAAGUUCGCCCCAGAUCAAUCCGUGGAGCAGCUGGGAGUUAGUGGAGUGCUUGUGCUGGACGCUCCACCAAGUGGUCCUGCUGGUAAAGCGGGUCUUUUAUCCACAAAACGUGAUGCCUAUGGACGUCUUAUACUAGGGGAUAUCAUAACAUCAGUCAAUGGGAAAAAGGUUACCAAUGGAAGUGAUUUGUACAGAAUUCUUGACAACUGCAAAGUAGGAGAUAAGGUGGUUGUGGAGGUUUUGCGAGGUGAUCACGAAGAGAAAAUACCUGUUACUCUCGAACCAAAACCAGAUGAAUCUUAGUGAAUACUAGGAUUUCCAUGCAUAAUGUAUGACAUGUAAAUUGGGAAUGACCAUAAUAUUUUUGGUGGUAAUUAUACGUCAGGACUGCUGCAAAUUUGCUUUGCCUACUGUAAGAUGACAAAAUUUAUCAAAAUUUCAUUAGAAAGCAUAGUUCGAAAACCAA